AUGUCACUGGCUACGACUGUACCCCGCAAGACCGCCCAAAGACUUGCAAAACCAGCCACUCGAUACUGGAAGGGGAAGGCACCCAAAGGAGUGAAUAUCGAAGAGGACUCUGAUGAAGACGACGAGCAGGUGCAGAAUGAGCAGAAUGAGGAUACUCUCAUCGAGGAGGUCAGCGAUGAGGAGAUGACAUUGCGACAGGAUGUCCCAAAGACCAAAGCCGCACUCAACAUUGCGUUGAAGGAUGUCGCUGUGUCGAAAGAGGGGAAGGUGAUUGUCGCUGGUCGAGAGGAAUCUGGAAGAACUGCUCUCGAGGACGAAGAGCAGGAAGAGGAGGAAGAUGAGUCAGAGGAGGAAGAAUCUGAAGAAGAAUCGAGCAGCGAAGAGUCAGAAUCUGAGGAAGAAGAGAAACCCAAACUACAGUUCCGACCAGUUUUCGUACCAAAACGUGCCCGUGUAACGAUUGCGGAGAAAGAGAAGCUCGCCCAGGAUACGGAAGAGGCCCUGCGAAGGAAAGAAGAGGAGGCUGAAGAACGGCGGAAACAGAGCCAUAACAUGGUUGCAGAGUCGAUUCGAAGGGAACUUGCUGAAAGUGGGUAUCCAGCCAAUGUUCUAUUUCAGCACACUGAUGGCGUCGCAGAGGAGAAGCAGGAAGAAACCCCUGACGUUGACGAUACUGAUGGCCUUGACCCUGAAGGCGAAUUCGAAGCUUGGCGGUUAAGGGAAUUGGCCAGAAUCAAGAAGGAGAAGGAAGCGGAGCUCGAACGAGAGCGAGAGCGAGAGGAGAUUGAGCGAAGACGGGCCAUGCCUGAGGAACAGCGCUUGAAGGAAGAUCUUGAACACGCGAAGAAGCUGCGCGAGGAGAAGCCUAAGGGCCAACAAAAGUUCUUGCAAAAGUACUGGCAUAAAGGUGCUUUCCACCAGGCAAGUCGCUAUCUAUUGAUGACCGAUUUGGACAUCCUCAAGCGACACGACUUCACGGCGGCGACCGAAUCGACAGUGGACGUCUCGCUUCUGCCCAAAGUUAUGCAAGUCAAGAACUUUGGGAAGCGCAGUCGAACCAAAUAUACACACCUGUUGGAUCAAGAUACGACAGUUGGGUCCGGUGGAUUUGGAGGCGUCGCAAAUGUAAAGGCAGGCGGCAUGGGUACGGAAGGCGGCGGUUGUUUCAAUUGCGGGGGUCCCCAUCUCAAGAAAGACUGUCCUCAGCUGAAAGAUCAACCUACGGGCGCGAAUGCCAGACCUGUGGGAGAACGUCCAAGAGAUGGAUACGACCGCAGUCAACAAGGGACUUCCUAUCGCCGCGACGACCGCGACUACGAUCGUUCCCGGGAGAAGGAAGAUCGCUACGACAGAGGAUAUGAUCGUCGUGACCGCGACCGUUCGGAUAGUCACCGCGACUCCCGCUAUUCGCGUCGAGGACGGUCGCGUUCACGAUCUCCUGGCUACUAUUCGUCACGUUACCCAGAGAAGAGGCAACACAGCGGUGGUCGCUACAGGUCGCGUUCGCGAGACCGUUCAAGAGAGCGAGAGCGCGACAAGCGGAGACGGUUCUCAAAACCAUCAAGUACAUCAUUCCCCAGAACUUCACCCCGAGUAGCUGUUAUAGUUAUCACCCCACGUCUAUCCCUCACCUGCCCACCAACCCCCAUUAUGGACAGGACAACAAUCAAGGUCGCCGUCGUUGGAAGCGGCCUUGCUGGGCUUACAGCCAGCUACCUCCUUGGCCAACCCGUACAGGGGCAAGCAAAAAAGAUUGAAGUCCACCUCUUCGAAAAGGCGUCUGAAAUUGGAAUGGACUGCGCUUCGAUUGCUCUGCCUCUACCAGGCGGAAAAGGCUCGUGGAGGAUCGACGUCCCAAUGCGUUCGUUCCAAGGAGGCUACUACCGCAACUUGAUUUCAUUCUACAGACGCUUGGGGGUGUCAUUCCAGCCAUCCAAUUUCACCUACUCGUUUUCUUUUUUGUCGUCGUCAGAGAAGCAUCGACCUCCAACGGUUACCGCGACGGCACUCUACAAUGGAGCGAAUGGCUUGAAGGGCGUCAGUAAACCCAGUGUACUCAACGAACUUCCAGGGUCGAAAAACGAUAGUUGGCUUGGAGCUUGGGCUGGGACUUUAUGGGGAACGUACAUGUUCCUCGUAUUGACAUUCCACCUCGCUCUGUGUUACGCGAUUACUCUAUGGCAAUCGUUGCCUUUUUGGCGUUCAAAACGUCUAGCGACUAUGACGCUGGAGGAAUGGGCAAAGGACGUUGCACCGAAUGGGCAACUGUCCAGGUGGAUUGGAUUGGACGUUGCCUGGCAAGACUAUGUCCACACAAUCCUCGUCCCUCUGAUGUCUGCCAUGUGCACAGCUCCGGAGGAAGACGUGUUCAACCAUCCUGUUGAGGAGAUAUUGGACUAUGUUUGGCUAGGAUUGGGCCAGGACCACUUCGUUUUGACUAAUGGAGUGCAGGAGGUCGUCUCUCGCCUUUCCUCGGAGUUAGAAAACAUUCAUGUCAAUAGCGCAAUUGUCUCUCUCAGCGCCGACCCUGCCAACCCACGGCUAAUCUCGAUCGAAUGCGAACGUCCUGACGGAACCAGGUUCACCCACCACGGCUUCAGUCACAUCGUUCUCGCGACGCAGGCCUCCAGAGCCGUCCCACUUUUGGGAUGCUAUGCCCGCUCUCUUCCGAUAGAAGCCACGGCCCAACGUCAUGCUUUGGAAGAACAGAUCCGAUGCUUGCGGACGUUCAAGUAUUGCUCAACAAUAGUGGUCAAUCAUACUGACGACACGCUGUUACCUUCUGUGGCCCAAGACCGACGCGACCUCAACCUGAUCAGCUCCAAUUGGGACGAAGAUAGCGAAGACUCGGAAUUCUGCGUACCAUCGACAUACACCAUGGCGACGCAUAUGUUGCCUCGGCCAGAGGGAUACCCUUCAUUCCUCCCAUCAGUAUACCAAACCACCAACCCUUUCAUCCCGCCGCAGAAGGACACGGUACUCAGCGUAUCUUCGCUAGAACGCGCAGUCUUGACUCCAGAGUCAAAACAAGCCUUACGCGGGCUCUGCAAGCCAAAGAGAAAGUGGUGGUGGGAGUGCCCGACAGAAACCCGAUGCGAACUGGGAGAGCUUCAAGGAGCUGGGAGACUGGAAAACGAAUCGACACCUGGAAUUUGGAUAUGCGGAUCUUAUGCUUAUUUAGGCGUGCCAUUGCUCGAGGGCUGUGUGGUCAGCUCACGGAAUGUCGUCGAGCAGGGUAUUUUGAAGAGCGAAGGGUUGCAGCUGAGAGAGGAUCCUUGGGACACUUAA